UUAGGGUCCAGGGAGAUCAGAAAAUAACUGAAUGCAGGGUCCGGGGAGACCAGAUAUAGUGAAUUUGGGGGUCCGUGGAGAGAUGGAUAUAGUGAAUGCAGGGUCCGGGGAGACCAGAUAUAGUGAAUGCAGGGUCUGGGGAGACCAAAAUAUCGUGAAUGCAGGGUAUCUGGGGAGACCAAGAUAUAGUGAAUGCAGGGAUCCAGGGGAGAGCAGAUAUUAGUGAAUGCAGGGCCUGGGGAGGAACGGAUAUAGUGAUUGUAGGGUCCGUGGAGAGUGGAUAUAGUGAAUGCAGGGUCCGGGGAGAGCAGAUAU